UGUUAUAAUAUGUCUGACAUUUAACAUUGCAAGUGUUUGUAAACAAUUGAAUAAAACCAACAGAAGGUUGAUACUGAAUAAUAAUUCUGCCGAUUAUUUUCAGAAAAUAAUAUUCUAGGAACCAGCUGUUCUCAAAAUUUAAUCAAAAUGGUUGAAGAUACCUGUACUAAUUUAAACAAAUCCAAGACUAAGACCACAAGGCCUAAAGCUGUGUAUUUGUGGACAGAAGCAGAUGUUCAAAAGUGGCUCCGUCGACAUUGCAGUGAUUAUUAUAACCUAUACUGGGAGAGAUUUCAUGAGCACGACAUCACGGGCCGGGCUCUGGUACGCAUCAACGACAACACUUUGAUUCGGAUGGGCAUCACGCACAAGGAGCACCGCGAGGCCGUGUGGCGCGAGAUCCUCAAGCUGCGGCUCAAGACUGACAUCGUCGAGAUCCGCGACCUGGAGCGCCGCCAUUACUACUUCAACUACGACCUGUGACGUUCUGUCUCAAAACGAAUAAAACCAGUUUACUCAAAUUCAAAUUCAAAA